AUGAAGAGAUUGAAAGCUGACGACUUUAUACCUUUGCCUAGUUUUAUUCCAAAAGAUGACCAUAUUCCAAGAUAUCUAGUUGCUUCUGCGUUAGCACAAUCGGACAACUCGGAAACUAAGCCAUUAGCUGCUUAUAAUGUCUUUCAAAUUGAAAAAGGCUUAAAUUUUAUUUCACGUGAUUACUUGGAAAUGCGAAGUGGUGAUCUAAUGAUUAAGCCAGCAGAUAUGAAAUCAGCUAAAAAGUUCCUGAAAGCAAAAUAUAUUGAUGUUGUACCAGUAACAAUAACUAUGCAUAAAGGUCUUAACUCUACUCAAGGACGAAUUUUUUCAAGGAAGAUCAUUGAUAUUUCUGAAGAGGAUCUUUUAAAAUCCCUUGAAGAUCAGAAGGUGAUUGAAAUUCGCAAAUUAUCAAGAAGAGAAGGCGAGAAGUACAUUCCAACGGGAGCAGCUAUAUUAACGUUUGACUUAAUACGCCGACCAGAAACAUUGAAACUUGGAUGGGAACGAGUGCGAGUUGAUGAACAUGUGCCUAAUCCAAUGAGAUGUGCAAAUUGUCAAAGAUUAGGUCACACAAAGAAGAGAUGUAAGAAUAUUGAAUUGUGUAAAGUUUGUGGGUUUACUCCACCACAUGAUCCGUGUACCAGAAAAUACUGUGUUAAUUGUAACAAUGAAACUCACACAUCAUUUGACUCGUCUUGCCCCUCCUUUUUAAAACAUAAAUCUAUCAAUAAAAUUAAAGCUGACAAAAGGUGCACCAUACGUGAGGCUUGGACAAUAUUUAAUGACAACCCUACAAUUCAUACCCUGAAACCUUACAAUAAGAGAGCUCCAACUUAUUCUGAAAUUUUGGCCAAUGGAACAAUAGUUACGAAUAAUCAAAAUUUAUGCAAAGACAACAAUGACGCCUAUUCAUCUAACGGUAUACAAAAGACAGCAACAACCAUCAAUGCAAAUUCUUCCAAUAAAAUUAACAAUUCAGAAACCAACUCUUUAUUUUCCAAUGAUAACAACAUCACUGAUACAAAUGCAUCAAUUUCCAACAUGAACAAUAAUGACAUUAAGGCAACAAAUCAAUCAACUUCCAAGGGCGAAAAUAAAAUUCCCGUUACAAAUUCCUCAACUUCCAACAAUGAUAAUAAGAUAAAAACAAUCAACAAUAACAACAACAAAGACAGCACUUCAACAAAUAUGAUUACCACUAAUAUUGAUUUGACAACAGAGGACUUAACUCAUCAAUGGCAGUUAUCUUCAACAUUCGGAAAUGUCGGCAUAUCGAUAAAUGAUGAUAAGGAUAGUGCUAGUGCUGGUAAUGUAUUGGCUACUAUCGAAGAUGAUAAUGGAAUUACUACAAAUGAAUGUCAAUUAGGAACUCCACCUAAUGGGACUUCAAAUGUUACCAAAUUAACACCAUGUAGUAGUAUUUUUGGAAAAUUUACAGAUCUAAACGUAUUAAUAACACCCGGAACAUAUAAGAGAACUUUGCCAAAGAAUAAAGAGGAGAACAAGAAUGAAAGUUGCGAAUAA